AUGAAUAUUUUCGAAGAGAGCAAGGUUUUAGAUAGCCAUUUAUCAUCAGAAUCUACUACAAUAGAAUUAUCUUGUUUAGAAAGUUCUUAUCCAUUCUCAACAGUACAACAAUUAUCUAGAACAACACCAGAGUAUUCAUCUUCACCUAUACCUAAUUUUGACCGCUGUAAUUCACAACUUAACGAAAAAAAUACAUUAAUGUCAGCAUCAGAACAAUCAAGUGUGGUUCAACCACUAUUAACUGAUCUCUAUCAAAUAUCAAUGGCAUAUGCUUAUUGGAAGGGAAAUAAACAUACUGAAAUGGCAACAUUUGAUUUAUAUUUUCGAAAAAAUCCAUUUGGUGGUGAAUAUACAUUAUUUGCUGGAUUGGAAGAAUGUUUGAAAUUUAUUCGUGAUUAUAAAUUUGAUCCAAGUGAUAUUCUAUAUCUUCGUUCAGUCUUACCUGAUUAUGUUGAAGCUGAAUUUUUUGAUUAUUUACUUAAUCUUAAUAUGAAUGAUAUUAAAUUAUAUGCUGUACCAGAAGGUACUGUUGUAUUUCCUCGUAUACCAUUAAUUCGUGUUGAAGGACCAAUAUUUCACACUCAAUUAUUAGAAACAACACUAUUAAAUCUAGUUAAUUUUGCUAGUUUAGUUGCAACUAAUGCUGCACGUUUUCGUCAAGCAGCGCCAGCUCAGAAAGUAUUACUUGAAUUUGGUUUACGUCGUGCUCAAGGUCCUGAUGGUGGUUUAAGUGCAUCGAAAUAUUGUUAUUUAGGUGGUUUUGAUGGUACAUCAAAUGUUUUAGCUGGUAAACUUUAUGAUAUACCAAUAAAAGGUACACAUGCUCAUGCAUACGUUAGUUCGUACGAAUCUAUGGAUGAUUUAAAUGAACGAAAUUUACGUGAUCGUAUUAGUCGUGAAGUACGUCCAUUUGCUGAUUUAUGUUUACAAUAUUUAAAUGAAGUUGGAAAAAUACUUAACAUACUUCCUGAUGAAACAAAUAAAGGAGAAUUAGCAGCAUUUGCUUCAUAUGCAAUUGCAUUUCCAACAAAUCUUCUUGCUUUAGUUGAUACAUAUGAUGUACUUAAAUCUGGUUUACCAAAUUUUUUAGCUGUUGCACGUGCAUUACAUGAAUGUAAUUAUAAAGCUAUUGGUUUACGUUUAGAUUCUGGUGAUUUAGCGUACUUAUCAUUAGAAGUUCGUAAACGAUUUAUUGAAACAGGUCAAAAAUUUGGUUUACCUUAUUUUAACGAUUUCCAAAUUGUUGCAAGUAAUGAUAUUAAUGAAGAUACAUUAAUAUCAUUAGCAAAACAAGGAAAUUCAAUUGAUACAUUUGGAAUUGGUACACAUUUAGUUACAUGUCAAAAACAAGCAGCACUUGGUUGUGUUUAUAAAUUAGUUGAACUUGCUGGUAUACCUCGAAUAAAAAUUAGUCAAGAUGUUGAAAAAGUAACAAUACCAGGUCGAAAAAAUCUUUAUCGAGUUUAUGGUCAUGAUGGAAAGGCUUUAUGUGAUUUAUUAACAAAAUUUGAUGAACCAGUACCACAAAAAGGAGUUAAAAUUCUUAGUCGUCAUCCAUUUUCUGAUCAAAGACGUGCUUAUGUUACACCAUCAUCAGUCACAAGUUUAUAUAAAUUAUAUUGGGCAGAUGGAGAAAUAAAAGAACCCUUACCAGCAUUAAAACAAAUUCGAGAAUAUGCAACAGAUCAAUUACUACAUUUACGAACAGAUAUUGUACGAGAUCUUAAUCCAACACCAUAUAAAGUAUCACUGACAAAUGAUUUGUUUAAUUUUAUGCAUGAACUUUGGAUAAGAAGUGUACCAAUUGGAGAACUUAACUAA